GAGAAAAUGCUAACAGCUGAUCCUAGCUUCCUAGUUAGACGUGCUGCUGUCCAUUUACUUCGCCAGGUUAUCAAGUCCUGUGACACGGUGCGCUAUUUGCUGGCUUCCCUAUUUCACGUAUGUAUUCUCUUUUUGAAGAUUGUUGGUGAUCGUUUACGGGAUUUACACCGUGAAUUGGUUCGUCUGUGGCGAUGGGAUUCUGACCACGUAGUUCGUCUACAUGCGGAACUAGCACUAGAGGAGUUGCGUGUCAUCAUGAAAGCUGUUAUUACCCAGGAAACCUCAAUUCCACGUCAAAUCAUUUUAUGA